CAAUGAGUUUCAAGUAAUCGAAUGUUGCUUCCGGGCCUCCAGAUGUUUAUGCUGCACGUCACUUCUACCUGUAACCCCUACAGAUACCAGAAGGCAGUGGUUGCCAGCUGUAGUACUCCAGUCGAUGACUGGCAGCAGUUUACUACCGGCUUCUUCAACGCCUUCAGAUGAAACAACUGUCCAGUUUCCCACGUUCAGCAUUGUUGAUCCCCCUAAACUUCUUCCGAUUCCGGCGGUUGCAUCACCCUCUUCUACCUGUCAUAGCCCCUUUCGCUGGGCUCUGGCCGUGCCGCUAGAAGCAACCUACACCUACCUACGGGAAGAGGAGCAGUGUGUAUUUCAUUUAUCUGUGGAACCGCGUUGUGGAAUUGCCAAUAGUAUCCCCAUCAGUUGGGUAAUGCCCCAAUCUACCUUGGUAAUUUCGUCGAAACGUAAACCAAAUCCGGUUAGCCUCAUAGCCUACACAACUACGGACAUUUUACACCAGUCUAUCUCCGAAUUUCACAUGCACAUGGAUAUCAAUGUGUUGCAAAAUGGGGUGGUCCAGUGUCGUUUCACUUUAAUGCAACCGGUUUGUGUAUCUUUCUGUGAUUUGUUACAAAGAGCUAGCUCAUUGUCACGCCUGACUGUCGCUCCGAUCUGGUCAUCAAUCGAGCCCGAAACCAUCUAUUCGCGGCACUGUCGCUGGCGUCUCCGGGCAGCUGCAUUUCACCCGACUGGCUUCUUGGAAUCACCCGCUUUGUCUACGCUUAGAACGUUCUUUCAGACAAAACUGCUACAUCUUCCGUUCGAAAUAUUGCUGGACAAGACAGGACAGUGGCAUUGGAUUACAGCUGGACCGUUUGAAGGACUAGCGCUGUGUAUUACGUAUCCGGAGGAAGACAAAAGUGGGUCACUCAUUCUCCAAGCUUUCUCAAGUUCACAGUCACUGUUAGACCUGUUUAGAAGAGCCCUUGAUGAAUUCCCGGCUGAUCAGAUCCGGUUUGAGGCGCUUGAUGGUACAGCUCUGGCUGCUAACCACGACAAUCAACCCAACGGUCCAACUAACUCGGAACUUUCGCUGCUGACCGAUUGUUUGUUGGCGGAAAUCCAGUUCCUAACCAACCAACUAGAGACUGUGAUUCGAGCUAGCAUGCGGGAGCGUGUCCCACCAGUCUCCACUAUACUGGAAGCUGGUGGAAUCGGGGGAUCUUUGGACCUGGCCUAUCGUCUUACUGAGUGGCGCGAUUUGGUGACACAAUCGCACAUGUUGCCGGUAUCUCGACUGGAUCCCAGUCCCCACUACAGUGACCUGUGUCGACGGACAGACCGCACACUGAAGCAGUUGUGUUGCCAGCGUACCCCCUGA